AUGUGUGCUCCGGAAGACGAGCGCGAUCUGCUCUUCAGAAUGCUUCACGACCGUUCGCAAUAUCGGGAAUCACCUUUCUUGCCAUUCGAACCUCCGGAAAUCGCCUGGUUACCGUUAACACUCGCCGGAAAUCGCCUGGUUACCGUUAACACUCGUCGGAAAUCGCCUGAUUACCAGAAGCCCUCGUCGGAAAUCGCCUCAAACAGAGCUAUCACUUCUCAUUAG